AUGGCCAACAAGAGGGCCAACACGGAACAAGCUAUGAAGCACAAACGACAACGCGAGGUCGGAGGACCCGCCGGUGGGAAGAGGACGCGAGCCGAAACAAAGGAAAGGCGCCCGGAAGUGACCCGGCUACCCGAUGUCAGACGGCCAUACGACAAGCCCGUCGCACACCCCUAUAGGCCGGUUCCUGAACGGCCAGUGCACGAGAUACAAGCAGUCGCUCUUCCUCCGCCUCCGCCGACUGACGACCACGCAGUAAGCAAUGAGGCAGGUAAGACCUCUAAAUACUGUCGUUACCACAAGUCCUAUACUCACAGCACGGAAGAGUGCUUCUAUUUGAAGAAGAUCAUAGAAGGUAUCAUCCAGCAAGGGACCCCGCCUCCUAAUCAGUGGAGGCGGAGGUCGGCUACUCGGGGGGACGGGGAUCCCACCGCCGCCACGGAGAGCAGCCGGGGCAAGCAGCUGGCUUCUGAGGAAGACGAUGCUCAGUGGCAUCAGAAGCCGGUUAUCAAUAUGAUAGUUGGCGGACCGGAAGGUGGGGACUCGGCGAAUACUCAAAAGGCCUGGGCUCGGCAGCUAUAUGUCGGGACGGUAUAUGGGCGCGAGGAGAACUCUAAGAAGAUAUGCCGAGAGCCCAUCACUUUCACUGAUAGAGAUUUACCCACGGGAGAGACGCCGCAUCGAGAUGCGCUGGUCAUUGCGAUGGAUAUCAAUGGGGUAGUCGUUCGCCGGAUCCUGGUUGACACGGGGAGCAGCGUCAACGUGCUAUACCUCGAGACCUUCGACAAAAUGGGGCUAACCCGAGAACAGCUAAACCCCGUUAAAACGCCACUCGCCGGUUUUACGGGGGACUCGGUGGAGGCAGAAGGAUCCAUCACCCUGCCUGUCGAUAUUGGCGGUCAUCCCGACGUGCAGAGGCUUAGUAUAAAGUUUAUCGUGGUAAACCUGGCCUGCUCCCACAACGCUAUACUCGGUCGACCGGGCCUGGAGGACCUAGGAGCUUUGAUUUCCAUCGAGCAUCUCUGCCUAAAGUUCCGUACACCAAGUGGGAUAGGCACGGUGCAUUGCGACAGGAGAGUCGCCCGCGACUGCUACCUGCAGGCCUGCCGAGGGAUGGGCAAGCGCGAGAUGCAGGUCCAUGAGAUCACGGAAAGGCCUCCAAAGAAGGCGACGAUACCUCACCCGGAGCCGGCCGUAGAACUGGAGGAGGUUGAGAUUGACCCUGAUCAACCGGACAGGCGACUCCGAAUUGGGGUCGGCCUCCCCGAGAAAGUGCGAAAGGAGGUCAUUAAGGUGCUUCGAGAGCAUCAGCUGGUUUUCGCCUAG